CGGAAAUGACAUAUGGACGCCAAAGAUGGCGUCAGAUUCAAACGGCUCUUGGGUUCGUUUCGCUAGUUGUUAAAGUAAACACAGAAGCGGAGCCAUGCAGACCGAAGCAGCGGAGCGGAGGGGACAGCGCAGCCGCAGCAGGCGGGGGGAGAGCGGGCAGGGCCGAGCAGAGGCGCGGGGGACCAAACCGAGGGCCGCGGUCCACUCUGCCAGGAGCUCCGAGGAGGAGACAGCAAGGUUGAAAGAGAUCCCUGCCAUCAGGCAACAAAAAGAGAAUCAGGCAGGAGAGCGAGGGAGAAGAGCCGAAAGGGAAGGAGUGGAAGAUGAGGAGCGAGACAGAGCAGCAGAGAGGGACCGGAGCCGAGGAGAUGGAGGGAGGAGGAGGGAGAGGGAGGCGAGAAGCAGGAGGGCGGCGUCCGAAGGAGGUGAAGAAGGCGAGCAGUCGGAGAGGCUGAGGUGGAGAGUCCAUCAGCUGGAGAAAGAGAAACUGGGGCUGACGAGCAGCCACAACCAGGAGCUCUGCAGGCUGCAGGCUGAGCUGACCCGGCUGAGGUCCUCAGUGGAGCGAGGAGAAGCGCAGCGGGUGGAGCUUCAGUACCAGCUGACUGUGAGCCGGAGAGACGCCGACCGGGCCUCCGAGCUCAGCAGAGACAAACGCACACUAACAGAGCGAGCAGCUGAGCUCCAGCAGACCGUUCAGGAGCUGCAGAAAGCUCUGGACAUCACCCGACAGGCCAGGGAGGAGGACCAGCAUGCUUUGCAGCAGGAGGUGGAGGAGCGCGACAGACUGAUUCAGAGCUUCAGCUCGGAAAACCAGCGGCUGCACCAACUGCUGCAGGAUCACGAGGAGGCCCUGCAGGAGUCUGAGAGGAGGAUGGUGGAGGUGCAGCAGGAGAGAGAGAAGGAGGCCGAGGUGAACAGACGACAAGCCAACGAACUGAAGUACCUGACGGAGAGAGAGGAGAGGAGCAGGAGAGACCGGGAGCUGUCAGAUCAGAGGGUGAAGUCUCUGGAGUCGAGCGUCGAGGCGGAGCGAGCGGCUCACCUGGAGUCCAAGUUCAACUCUGAGAUCAUCCAGCUGCGUGUGCGGGACUUGGAGGCGGCGCUGGCGUCGGAGCGGUCCGGCCAGCAGGAGGCGCAGUGCAGCCUGGAGCUGCUGAGAGCUCAGUUCAGAGAGGUGGAGAGGGCCUACAGCCUGGAGAGAGAGAGGGGCGACGGCACUGAGCGCGCUCUGCAGCGGUUGCAGAAGGAGUACGAUCAGUGCAAGUCUGACCUGAGUGUUGCCUUGGAAACUGAGAAGAAAACGAGCUCUGACCUCUCAGAAAGGCUGGAGGAGGAGAAGAGGCGGCACGCCGACACACACACACUGCUGGAGAAGGCGGCUCAGAGGCAGUCGGGCGCAGAGGAAGCCUUUGUGAACUGUGUGGAUCAGAUCAGAGAAACACUCCAACAACACAGCACCCCAGGCACUAGUCCUGGAGCAAAGGAUCAUGAGAACCGGAGUCAGUCUGCUGAAGUCCUGCAGCUGCUGAAGACGACACUUUGCACCUACCGACACACACUGGAAAAGACUGACAAACAGGUCCAGGAUCUGCUGUUUGCAUCGGAGAGGCUGCAAGAGGAGAACCAGACUCUCCGUCAGCUGACCUCAGAGCAGAGCCAGCAGGUCGAGGAGUCGCUGCAGGCGGCGAUCAAACUGGGGGAGGAGGUGACGCGCCUUCGCCAGGAGAGCUCUGAUUGGUCGACGCAGAGCCGAGUUCUGCGGGCCGAGCUGGAGAAAGAGAGGGAGGAGAGGGAGACACAGAGGGAGGAGAGGGAGAGAGAGAGGGAGACAGAGAGGGAGGAGAGGGAGAGAGAGAGGGAGGAGAAGACAGCAGAAGUCCAGAAGAUAACUGAGCACUACCAGAAAGAGUCACAGGCCCGUCUGUCCUUCCUCUACUGUGUCUACCAGCGCCUGCUGGCCGGCUGCGUCCUCCUCAAUGAGCCGCAGAGCAUCCUGGGUAAUUUCUCCUGGAAGGAACUUUGUGACGUCAUCAACGAACAGGUCGACCAGCUGACUUCUGACCUCCGGAAGGCCAACAACAACAUCGCCCACCUGCAGAGUGUGUGUGAGAAGAAGAGUGCGUGUGUGCGCGAGCUGCAGCGCAGUCAGGAGUGUGUGUUGUCUCGUCUGGAGGAGAGCGUGAGGAGGAGGGAGGAGGCGUGGAGCAGCCAACACGUACACACUGUGACACAGCUGCAGAACGAGCUGCAGGCGUGUCGCUCUCAGUGCGACUCCCUCCGAGAUCACGCCUCCUCUCUGGAGCUCCGCUGCUCCUCGCUGACCUCUGACCUCUCCCGGCUCCAGGGCCUCCUCUCUCGAAGCCGCAGGGAGGCGGCCUCCUUCCUGUCGGCCUGCGCCCUGCUGGCCGGGGCGCUGAAACACACUCGCCUCUGUCUGCAAACACUCUCCAAACAGAAAGCACUCCUGUGCAGGCGACUGGCAGAGAGGGAGGUGCUGGAGGAGGAGGUGAGGACGCUGGCCAGAGCUCUGGGAGGUGAGGAGGAUGAGGAGGAGGAAGAGGCAAAAAGGAGUAGGAGGAGGGCAGUGAGGCGGCGGUGGAGGAGGAGUGUGUGUGUGGUGUUGGCGGUGAGGAGGUGGCGUGCACUGGCCAAACAGACGACAGUGUUGUUUCGGCUGGAGAGAGGAGGCGGCGUUCCGGCUGUGUGUGUCUGUGGAGAGUCGGCUACGGCAACACAGAAGGGUGAAGGCUUACCGAGCACAGAUAAAGAUGGUGAUGAUGAAGGUGCGUGUGCCCGCUGGCUCCUCUCUAAAUGUCUGGCCUCCACCAUUCUGUCGUCCGUGGCCGAUCUGCAGAGAGCUCUGGCACACACUGGCUCCUCCCCUCCUGAUGUGAUGUCAGCAGCUCGUUCUGGCUUGUCCCGCCUCCUGGAUCACCUUCUUGACCAAUCAGACGCGGCGUCCAGUAUGUCUCCUUGCAGAGUGGACACGCUGAGCGGCCGGCUGGGACUCGGCCUGAGCAGACGGAGUCCACCACAGCCCCACAUGAAGGCCCUGGUGUCCGCUCUCCAGCAGCACUUCCUGCUCUUCAGCCAACGGCUGCACUCGGCCGAGGUGGAGAGGCGGAGCCUGAGGCUGGAGGUGACCAAUCUGAAGAGAGGACUGCGACAGGAGAGAGCCGAGACCUGCAGGACGGUCCCUGCGGAGCGGUUCAGCAGUGUGUGUGUGGAGCUGCGUCAGGCUCUGAGCAGGGAACAGGAAGCUCAGACGCUCAUCCAGGAACAGACCAAGCAGCUGCACGCACUGCAGCUCCAAGUGAACACACACACCGCCGAGCACACCAACACACAACACACUCUGAGACAGACCACGCAGUCGCUGUCAGAGACUCGGCAGGAGGUGAGCCGUAAGGAGCGCUCGCUAAGGAUUCUGGGUAAGCACCUGUCGGUGGUUCAGAGGGAGAGGAAGCAGCUGGAAGAGAGACUGCAGCGAGUCGAGGACGAGCUGAGAGACGCCACCAGACGUAAAGACUGUCUGAUCAGCGCCAUGAAGGCUGCAGAGACGAGCUACAAGGAGCUCAGAGAAAGCCUCGUCCAAUCACGUCACUCCCUGUCAGCUCAGCCCCACCCCCUGCCAUUGCCCAGGGAACACCUGGAGCUGAGUGGAGCGGAGAGCAUCAUCGGAGCUCCGGAGGUUGCAGCGUGCCAGAGUCUUCUCUCCACCUUCUCUCAGCUUUAUCACACCUGCAGCUCCAGGAUUGAUUGGCUGGAACAGGAAGUCUCCGCCCACCGCUGUCACGUGACGGCGCUGCGCAGUGAGCUGCAGGACGCCUGUCUCCGCGACAACCUGGCCUACCUCCCGGUGGCGGAGUUUCCUGAAACCUUUCCGAUCGCUGAUGUGGAAACCCCUCGACCUGUUCCGCUCUCUGAUUUGUCAAAGGAGCCAUCAGUCAGUUUAAGGACCGCCCCCUCCCAGACAAAUCCCGCCCCCUCAUCGCCCCUCUCCAAAACCCCCAGGGUCAAAACGAAGGAGAAGAAAGCUGUGAAGAAGAACAGAGGAGGAAAAGUGAGAAGAUAAACAGACAGACCACCGACUUCCUGCUGUAGUUUUACCUGUUCACGUGACGACAUGUAGCAUGAACACAACACUCAAACAGUCCUGCAGAUCCUAAUUAUCCAGACAGUUAAAGUCUGGAGAGAAUAUUUGGGAAUAUUUAUCAGGAUUUGGAAGUGCUCAAUUUUUGAAAGUCAGUGAAAAGUCGUGGGAUUUUUGUGUGUUGAGGUCAUGGAAAGUCCUGGAAAGACGUGACGUCUUCCCUCAGCAAGUGUCCAGACAAUCAAAACUGUUGCAUCGGCUGCAUUACAGUCAGACUUUUUCAAUAUGGUGGUUUGUGUUUCUGUUUCACAUGCUCACAGCCGGUUGAUGACAAACGAGUGAAGGCCAUAUGGCUGUGUGUGUGUGUGUGUGUGUGUGUGUUUGUGUGUGAGAGAGACACACCAGCAGCUGGUUACUGUAUGAGUUUGUUUUAACCUCCAGUAAAAUAUCUGCUCUGCUCUCGUACUCGUAAA